AUGACAAAAUAUUAUCCUUAUGGUGUGUCACUUAGUAAAGGACAAUUGGAAAAGCUCUCGAGAGCUUACAAUAAUAACUCAGCAAUAACUAUCAGAUUAGCCAGAAAUGAGUUAUCCGGACCACAUGAAUUAAUGCUCACAAAAACUCAGAUCAAUAAAUUGAAAAAAGCAAUGAGCCAGGGUACAGGAUCGGAUAUCAAAAUUUCAAAAACACAAAUCAGAAAGGCUGUUAGACAGGGUGGUAGUUUGUGGGGAUCAUUAAUCAGUUUAGGAAGCAAGGUACUACCUAUGGAAAUGCCAUUAGCCAAAAAAGCUAUCGCACCCCUUGCAACAGGAGCGUUAUCAGGAUUAGCCAGUCUCGGUGUGGAUAAAAUAUUCUGA